ACGUAGACGAUUUCAUUUGGAAUUUAGCUUGCAACUUGUGCGGUAGACGUUUUUUGUCUUUAGAGUUGCGCUAGUGUGUGUCUGUGUGAUAGACAUCUACCUACAAAUAGGCAUUUAUAUAUACUAAAUAUUAAGUGCCCGCGAUGAAAUUCCUAAUCUGUGCACUACUCGCGGCGUCCUACGUGGCGGCCGUUGAUAUUAAACUGGAGGAGGGUGUCAUCGUAGCGACGGUGGACAAUUUCAAACAAGUGAUUGCUGACAACGAAUUUGUGCUUGUCGAGUUCUAUGCACCCUGGUGUGGUCAUUGCAAGGCACUGGCGCCCGAGUAUGCCAAGGCCGCCCAACAGCUGGCAGAGAAGGAGUCACCCAUUAAACUGGCCAAGGUCGAUGCCACCGUUGAGGGUGAGCUGGCCGAGCAGUACCAAGUGCGUGGCUAUCCCACGCUGAAGUUCUUCCGCAGUGGCUCGCCCGUGGAGUACAAUGGUGGACGUCAGGCCGCUGACAUAAUUGCCUGGGUGACCAAGAAGACUGGCCCACCAGCCAAGGAUUUGACCAGCGUUGCCGAAGCCGAGCAGUUCCUGAAGGACAAUGAGAUUGCCAUCAUUGGCUUCUUCAAGGAUGUUGAGUCGGCGGAGGCCAAGGUCUUUACUAAGGCCGCCAACGCAUUGGACUCGUUUGUCUUUGGUAUCAGCAGCAAUGCCGAUGUGAUUGCCAAAUACGAAUCCAAGGACAAUGGCGUCGUGCUGUUCAAGCCAUUCGAUGAAAAGAAAUCGGUGUUCGAGGGCGAGCUGAGUGAGGAGAGCCUUAAGAAAUUCGCUCAGGUGCAAUCCCUGCCUUUGAUUGUGGACUUCAACCAUGAGUCGGCAUCCAAAAUCUUCGGUGGCUCCAUCAAAUCGCAUCUGUUGUUCUUCGUGUCCAAGGAGGCUGGCCACAUUGAGGCCCAUGUUGAUCCGCUGAAGGAGAUUGCCAAGAAAUACCGUGAGGACAUUCUGUUUGUCACCAUCUCAUCUGAUGAGGAGGAUCAUACUCGCAUCUUUGAGUUCUUUGGCAUGAACAAAGAGGAGGUGCCUACCAUUCGCUUGAUCAAGCUGGAGGAGGAUAUGGCCAAGUACAAGCCCGAAUCAGCCGAUCUGACACCCGAGUCGAUUGAGGCAUUCGUCAAGAAGUUCCUCGACGGUAAACUGAAGCAGCAUCUGCUGUCACAGGAGCUGCCUGAGGAUUGGGACAAACAGCCCGUCAAGGUGCUCGUCUCGAGCAAUUUCGAGAGCGUUGCUUUGGACAAGAGCAAGUCGGUGCUGGUUGAGUUCUAUGCUCCAUGGUGCGGUCACUGCAAACAGCUGGCGCCCAUCUACGAUCAGCUGGCUGAGAAGUACAAGGAUAAUGCCGACAUUGUCAUUGCCAAGAUGGACUCCACUGCCAAUGAGCUGGAGAACAUCAAGAUCUCAUCCUUCCCAACUAUCAAAUACUUCCGUAAGGACGACAACAAGGUCAUCGACUACAAUCUGGACAGGACUUUAGAUGAGUUUGUCAAGUUCCUGGAUGCCAACGGCGAGGUUGCCGAUGCCGAGCCUGCUGAGGAGAGCGAGGAGGACGAAGAAGCGGCGCCCAAGAAGGACGAGUUGUAAACCAACAACAACAACACAAUUAAUCGAAGAAAAACAAAACAACAGCAACAACACACACACAAACACACAGCAACAACAAAUAGCAACGUACAUUCUGUAGUUUAUUCUUGUCUUCGGUCGUGGAUACAAUUCCAAUGAGUUUUUGUCAUUGCCCCCAGUCCUGGCCGUGGCACAAUUUAAGUCCCAACUUGUUUGCCUAAUAAAUAACAUAAUUUAGUUGUGAUUUGCAACAACAAA